AUGGAGGACGAACUCAAGAGAUUUAUCCAAGUAUGGCUUUCUGCAAUAGUCUCGGUAUGUUAUUGCUACUACAUACCUCGCAGAAUCAAAGCUGGUGCUCCUCGGUUUUUCUCUAUUCUUCCCGUCUGUGUUCAGUUCUUUGUUUUUCCAUGGCUCUUCUCCUCUUCGGUUUCCAUUAUCUUCAUAAUGUAUUUCCUUACCCUAAUGGGAUCGCAAAAGCUCAUCCUCUUUGCUUUUGAUAAAGGUCCUCUUUUCCCACUUCCCUCAAAUCUCCUCCAUUUUAUCUGCUUCACUUGCUUCCCCAUCGAGAAACUUCAACAAAAACCUAAAUCCCAGUCUAGUUCCACCAAAUGGAGUUUCGCCAUUAAAUGUGCAUUACUUGGAGUGUUGUUACAUGUGCUAAAGUACAAACAAAAACUUCCCCAGAUUCUAUUUUGGGUUCUCCAGCCUUUUUUCAUGUACUUGCCACUUGAGAUUAUGUUAACCCUCAUCAAGUUUCUGCUAACUAUCAUUCUUGGGUGUGAGCUUAAGCCAGUAUUCGAUGAACCAUAUUUAGCCACCUCUCUUCAAGACUUCUGGGGUCGUCGGUGGAACCCCAUGGUCUCAUCUCUUCUCUCUUCACUCAUCUACGCCCCCAUACAGGGCAUGUUCAAAGGCAACUCCAGUUUGGCUAAGUUCAUCGGGGUUCUUACGACGUUCCUUGCAUCUGGUCUGUUUCACGAGCUUCUAUUCUUAUCCACAUCUGGUGCACCGCCUUCAGGGGAGGUCACUUUGUUCUAUGUGUUACAAGGGGUUUGUACUGCGGUGGAAGUGACGGUGAAGAGAUCAACGUUUGGAAAGCGGUGGGCGGUGAGACCAGUGGUGUCUUGGUUUCUCACCAUGUCGUUUAUGGUUGUGACCAGUGUUUCGCUCUAUUUCCCUCAAGUUACAAGGGGAAAGACACUUGACUUUCUUUCGUCCGCAAGUAUUCUCUGA